AUGCCUUACCUAGGCAGCCCUCCACCCUCGUUAUGCGAGGCAUAUUACGAUCUCGAGAUGUGGCGUCGCCACAGGGCCAACUGGCAGGCCCGGGUAGCGGCAAUGGCUCCGUACGCUCUUGCCGCCAUACGUGCAAGCACAAUUACCAACGACACACCCACCGAUGACCAGCGCGAGCUUCAACUAGAUGUGCAGCGCCAAUGGGUGCAG